AUCACUUCAAUUUGAGUCUUGUUAUUUGCCUUCUAAAGAUUUUUACUCUCCCCCUUAAUAGCUAGUACAUAUUUCCUUUCCUAUCAUGAAAAAAGAAAAAGAAAAGAACUCUUAUGGGUUAACAUAUCAAGAGUCAUAAACACAGGUCUCAGUCUUUUGAUUUUGGCGCCAAAACCCAAUUGCCAGUACUUAUUUGAGCGCAAGAGACGAAAAGUUAAUCGAAUAAAGUAAGUAUGAAGUCGAAACCGUUGUUUUCAUCAGACGGAGGAUUUGGGCAACUUUCACUUUCUAAGUCUUUUCCGAUCAAACCCUUAUCUGGCGAUUCCAAUAAUGAAGGAGGAAAAAUUAAACUAUUAAAGAAGAAUCCAUCAAUUUCCCUCUCUGAAUUUCUAAACCGAAAAGUCACCACAAAUUCCAAUCCAUCUAAAACAAUUCAGAAUAAGCAGAAACCUUUUCUAGGGAUUGAGGGUAAAGUUGGAAAGAAAAGAGGGAUAUCUGAGGUUGAUACUGUUGUUCUUGAUGAAUCUGUUUUCAAACAGUUUAAUCAUUCUAGAAAGCAAACUGAGAGAGAAGUGGAGGAAUGUAGAGACAUAGAUGGUGGAAGUGAACCCGAAGGCUCUACUGAACCAGAUUUGACGACACCAUGCAACCCUUUUCGCGUUUCCUCCAAAGGUGGAGAUGAAAGGACUACCGCUCCAACUCCAAAGCACUUGGUAGUUCUUGGAGAUGAUCCAAAACCUAAGCAAAAGCAGAGAGAGGAGAUAUUUACUAGAAACAAGAAGCAAAGGCCUCUCUAUAAUCACUAUGCAAAUGGCAGUGGAUGGUGGGACUGUGAUAUGGAGGGUGUUGACAACGAAGAAGUAGGCUGCAAUGAAACAUGGGAAGGCAUGGGUUCAACUACUUUGGGAGGACUUGACUGGCACUGAUGAUCUAAUCCAAGCGUUCCAUAAAGAAAGCAUCAUUGAUGUUCACUUCAACUGUGAACUUGUUCUCUUCCGUUUACGCGUGCCUUUUCUCUUCUUCGUUUCAGUAUGUUGCAGAUCUAGGGUCAUACUGGAUAGAAUGAAUCCUACACUGUAAAUUUGUCGGGCAUUUGGAUUUUUUAAUCUGACUUUGUUGGCAACUGGGUUUUAUAGCAACCUGAAUAUUCAAGCUUCAUCCUUCACACAUGAAA